AUGGCAAAGAACCUCAUCAACUCCAUCUACCUGUCUGCUAUUUUGAUCGUCUUGUUGGUUUCAAAUGGGUUACCAAAAGCAAAGGGUCAAUGUAUUUUAGAAGAAGGUCCAGAAAGUGCGUGUCCUGUUCCUGCAGUGGAUCUAAACUGUGACUCUGAAUGCAAGAAAAUCAAUCCAACCUACACUGGAAAAUGUGAACUCGAGUUUUCCGGGCCUGGGGUUCACUGCCACUGCUACGGACCUUGUCCUCCUUAACCAUGCUCUAAAUCAAAUAUGUUAAAGUACACUAUUACUAUGUUUCUAUCUAUCUUUUGAUGCGAGGUGUGUAUGUGUGAUCUAUCUUUGAGUGUUGAUGAGGUUAUUC